AUACCGUUCGAGACUAAUGUUUAUACAAUGCGAGAUGAUCGUGGCCGUCUUCUUCUUCGAAUCGACAAAGCAAAGCAGUCCAAUGCUGGCAAUUACCGGUGCUCAAGCGAGACUGGGUUCGUUGUUUCUGCGACGGUAGAGAUUGCUCAAGAAAACUUGCUUGUCCGUCCGAAAGAAAAUGAUCGAUCUGGAGGGAACAGACAAGUCACCAUUGUUCAGAAUGGAGAUAUCACGCGCCAUUUUUACAUGUUUCCAGAUAAUGAGGACAAUAAGGGACCGUUCAGCGGCCCUAUUCCGGGCCAGCGGUUUGAUGCUGGAAGAACAUUUCAUACUAAUGGCAUUAGACGCAGUACGGGCUAG